AUGGCAGUUGAUGAUGAUCUUCCUCCGGGCUACAAGUUUAGGCCAGACAAAGAACAACUCCUUGUUCAUUAUCUUCGUCCCAAACUCGACGGAGAAGACUUUGCCCAAGAGCUUGUCCCUUUCUGCGAUCUGUAUGGAAAAAAAGAACCAUGGCAGAUAUGGAAUGAUUAUUUCCAAGAAUUAUCAGCGACAGACAAAGAAAGGACAGACCUCUACUUCUUCACCCAGCUAAAGACCAAGACUCCAAAGGGCAAGCACAUAAAACGAACAGUCGGCAGCGGCACCUGGAAAGGCGAAGACGCCCCCAAAGAAGUACUUGCGGCGUCUCAAAGGGUUAUUGGCAAGAGAAGAAGAUUUCGCUACGGAAACGACAAGGACUCGGCACAAAACGAUCGCUGGCUCAUGCACGAGUUUGAACUUGAUGCAUCUUUAUUGAGAAACAAACGUAAAGCGAAAGACUACGUUCUUUGUAUUGUUAGAAAGAAAAGUAGAUCGGUCAAAAAGAAUUCAGAAGAUCAAGAAGGAGAUGAGACGAGUUGCGACGGUGGUGAUGAUCAACAAGAUGGAGACCUUCCUGAGGCUAAGAAAAAUAAUGAUCAUAAAGAUUCAGAGACAGUGAGCUUAGAGGAGAUGGAGAACUUACUGAUGAGUGAUGACUGA